CAAGCAGGGGGGCACAUGCGGCGGGCAGGCAUGGUGGAGGCAGCGCUGCACCGCAUGGCACUCGCUGCCUGCCCGCAUGAUGCCGUGACGUACCGCAGUGCGGUGUAUGCGUGGGUGCGCUGUGGCGAGGGCGGGCGCGCGCUGGAGGUGCUGCAGGAGAUGGUGGCGGCCGGCCACCCGCCCGCCAUGACCGUCCCUGACGUGCUCAUCAAGAGUGUGGAUGGCGCUUUGCUGCUCGAGUGCACGCGGGCAGCACCUGACGGCAAUCUCAAGAAUUUCUUGCGAGAGAUGAAAAGUGCUGGGCUCACCCCCACCGCGUCCACAUCGGCGCACCUCGUGCAGCUCCUCGCCUCCUCGCACUCACCCGCACACGCGCUCGAUGCCGCCCACGAGCUGGCAGCAGCUGGGGUGGGCCAACUGGGAGACGCCACGUGGGAUGCAAUAGGGCAGGCUGUGUGGCACAUGUCCCACCGCAACCCCCACCAGGCUGCACUCGCAGCCCAGCGCCUGCUGGCCGCCGUGGAGGCUGACGGCUGCCCUGUGAGCAGGGAGCUGUACGAGGUGGCCAUUGCAGUGCACGUGCGCAGUGGCCACGGCACCACCGCCCUGCACCUGCACCGCCUCAUGGAGGCCGCCCAUCCCGCCCUCCCUGCCGCCCUCCCUGCCUUCCCCCCUGCCGCCCUCCCUGCCGCCCUCCCUGCCGCCCUUUCUGCCGCACAUGCCGCCCCCCCUGCCGCCCAUGCCACUCUGCCUGCCGUCCAUGCCACUCUGCCUGCCGUCCAUGCCACCCAACCUGCCCACGAGGAUGAUACCCGGCCUGCCCCGCAGGGUGGCCUCCAGGGGGCCUCGCACGGUGCUUGGCGCGCAGCACAGGGGGAAGCCAUGCCCCCGGCACAGGGGGAAGCCAUGCCCCCGGCACAGGGGGAAGCCAUGCCCCCGGCACAGGGGGAAGCCAUGCCCCCGGCACAGGGGGAAGCCAUGCCCCCGGCACAGGGGGAAGCCAUGCCCCCGGCACAGGGGGAAGCCAUGCCCCCGGCACAGGGGGAAGCCAUGCCCCCGGCUCAGGGGGAAGCCAUGCCCCCGGCACAGGGGGAAGCCAUGCCCCCGGCACAGGGGGAAGCCAUGCCCCCGGCACAGGGGGAAGCCAUGCCCCCGGCACAGGGGGAAGCCAUGCCCCCGGCACAGGGGGAAGCCAUGCCCCCGGCUCAGGGGGAAGCCAUGCCCCCGGCACAGGGGGAAGCCAUGCCCCCGGCACAGGGGGAAGCCAUGCCCCCGGCACAGGGGGAAGCCAUGCCCCCGGCACAGGGCGAAGCCAUGCCCCCGGCACAGGGGGAAGCCAUGCCCCCGGCACAGGGGGAAGCCAUGGCCCCGGCACAGGGGGGUUGGGGAGAGAAAGGGAAGGCGUUGGAAGGAGCAUCGCGAUCGGCGGGGGUUGGAGAUGGGCAAGCACGUGGGCAGGCGUGGAAUGGAGUGACAGGGCCAGUAGCGCAUGGCCACAGCGUUGACGCCUCCAGCACGGCUUCGAAGCACUGUGUCCAGCCCAGCCCGCGCAGCAGCAGCAGCAGCAGCAGCAGCAAUGACAACAUGAACAGAAGUGAGGGCGAUUUGAGCAGCAGUGAGGAAGCUUCCUCGGAGUUCACGUUUUUGGAAGCCAUAGAUGCCGCCCUCACCCACGCGCUGGCUCAGGUGUGCCCUCACCCACGCGCUGGCUGA